CGACUUGGACGAGGAGCACUUCAGAAAAAUGGCGCUGUACCGAAGCAAGAUGGACGCCCAACCAAUUUACAGUGCCUUAAAAAGCUUUAAUGUAGAAGAGGCAGUUCGCAUGUCUGGAGUUUAUGAGAUUCACAAUCGAGAGAAGGUGAUUUACAUUGGUGGAAAUCCAUACUUCAGCAAUAUAAGAGACUGUCUGAACGCUCACUUUAGUGGAAACGAUGGACUGACGAUUGGGGMGUAUCUCAGCGGCCCUGGAAAGAACCAAUGGCAAGACAUUACUGUGCGCUGGAUGCCUUGCAACAAUYCUCACGAAGUGGCAUUUUAUUUAUUAGAAGAAUAUCGUGGUAGGAAUGGAUUUUUACCGAUAUAUAACAACCCUCCAGCCACACCUAUCCCUCCUCCACASGUCUAUAGUGACUCUGAUUCAGACGAAUAAAUAUGAUACUGCUUUUUUUAA